AUGACUGCGAGGGACAGGGCCGCAUGGCCGCCUUCAGUUCUGCUCCUCCUGCGUAUCCCAGGUUGUUUUUCUCUGAGCGGCCCCAGCACCAUGAACAGCACCGUGGGGGGAUCCCUGAGCGUGCAGUGUCGGUAUGAGGAGGAAUACAGGACUUUGAACAAACUCUGGUGCAGAAAACCACUUAUUUUACUAUGUGACAAGAUUGUGGAGACCAAAAAGCCAGAGAGAGAAGUGAGGAGUGGCCGAGUGUCCAUCAGGGACCAUCCUGCAAAACUCACCUUCACAGUGACCGUGAGAAACCUCACGGUGGAGGACACGGGCACAUACUGGUGUGGGGUAGAAACACCGUGGCUCGAUGGAAAGAGAGAUCCCGUCUUCCAGGUUGAGGUGUCCGUAUUCCCAGCCCCAGUCACAGCCUCCAGCCCUGGAAGCUCCGCAAGCACCUCAGGUCCUGCCACGUCUCUGCCUGUGAGCACCUGGGACAGCUCAGCCCAUCUCGAUCCCAGCCCACACCCCCGGUAUGCGGCCUGCGUCUGGGACUCUGCCACCCUGAAGGGUUCUCUUCUAGGCAGGAAGGGGGUCGGCGUCCGCUUCAUGUUCCUGAUCUUCCUGGAGGUGCCCCUGCUCCUGAGCAUGCUCGGGGCUGUCCUCUGGGUGAACAGGCCUCAGAGACGCUCUAAGGGGAGCCAGAGUCAGAUGGGCUGUGAGAACCAGUAG